AUGACUCGGGUGAUGAGGAGCCUGCCUCGCAGUCAGACAAGAGCGAGCUGCACGGCACGUUGAAAACCCUCUCGAGUAAGCUGGAGGACCUGAGCACUUGCAAUGACCUGAUCGCCAAGCACGGGGCGGCCCUGCAGCGCUCGCUUAGCGAGCUGGAGAACCUCAAGCUGCCGGAGACCAUCGAGCAGCUAGCCAAGCAGCACAACAGCUUGGAGCGAGCCUGCCGCGGGGCCCCUGGGGGACCAGCAGCACCUGGGCGCCUCAAACCCUCUGUGCCAACAGGGAGUGUGCAGUCUGCGAAAGGAGAGGCCAGUGAUGAAGAUGAAGAGACAGAGUAUUUUGAUGCCAUGGAGGAUGCACCAGCUUUUAUCACUGUAACGGCAGACCCCAAGCACCACAGGCGUUCGGGCAGUAACCUGAGUGGGGCCAGCGAGGGCCACCCUGAGGACUGGACCCUGGAGGAUAGCGUCUUUGAAAGCUCAAAUCAAAGCAGCUACAAUGAGUCCACUUGCAAAGAUCUCCUGCCGAAGAAAAGGAGACGGAGCCGCAUCCCUGACAAACCCAACUACAGCCUUAACCUCUGGAGCAUCAUGAAGAACUGCAUUGGCAAAGAGCUCUCCAAGAUCCCCAUGCCUGUGAACUUCAACGAGCCGCUCUCCAUGCUGCAGAGGCUGACGGAGGACCUGGAGUACCAUGAGCUGCUGGACAAGGCGGCCAAGUGCGAGAGCUCCACGGAGCAGAUGUGCUUUGUGGCUGCCUUCUCCGUGUCUUCCUACUCCACAACCGUCCACCGCACCGCGAAGCCCUUCAACCCGCUGCUGGGGGAGACCUACGAGCUGGACCGGCUGGAGGAGCUGGGCUUCCGCUCCCUUUGCGAGCAGGUGAGCCACCACCCCCCUGCCGCCGCCCAUCACGUCUACUCCAGGCGAGGAUGGACGUUGUGGCAGGAAAUCACCAUCGCCAGCAAGUUCAGGGGCAAAUACCUCUCCAUCAUGCCACUGGGAGCCAUCCACCUCGAGUUCCACUCCAGUGGGAAUCACUAUGUGUGGAGGAAAGUCACCUCCACCGUUCACAACAUCAUCGUGGGCAAGCUCUGGAUUGACCAGUCUGGUGAAAUAGAGAUUGUUAACCAUAAGUCAAAAGAUAAAUGCCAGCUGAAAUUUACCCCCUACAGCUACUUCUCCAGAGAUGUUCCCCGAAAGGUGACAGGGGUGGUGAGUGACUCUGAUGGUAAAGCCCACUAUGUCAUGUCUGGCACGUGGGACGAGAAGAUGGAGUGCUCCAAGAUCGUGCAGAGCAGCCACGGCAGCACAAGCACAGAGGGCAAGCAGAAAAACGUCUACCAAAAGACGCUGACUCCAAAGGUCCUGUGGAAGAAAUACCCCCUCCCGGAGAACGCUGAGAACAUGUAUUUCUUCUCGGACCUGGCGCUGACACUGAACGAGCCCGAGGAGCGCGUGGCCCCCACAGACAGCCGCCUGCGCCCCGACCAGCGCCUCAUGGAGAGUGGCCGCCGGGGCCAGGCCAACGACUACGAGGGCUACAUCCCACUGUGGUUUGAGCGCAAGGUGGACGUCAUGACGGGGGAGCUCAUCUGUGUCUAUAAAGGUGGCUACUGGGAAGCCAAGGACAAGCAGGACUGGAGCAUGUGCCCCGACAUCUUCUGA